AUGUUUUUUCAUCCUAACAAUAUAAAAGUGUCCUGGAUACGCAGUAAAGAUCUCCAUAUUUUGACGUCCAGCGACAUUACUUUUAGCUCUGACCAGAGGUUCAGUCCGGUACACACUCCUGGGAGCGAUGCCUGGACGCUCAAGCUAGAGGACACCAAAAAAAGUGAUACGGGAAAUUAUGAAUGUCAAGUUAAUACAGAGCCCAAGAUUAUGUAUACUAUUUUACUUAUUGUCAAAGAUUCCGAGGUCUCAGAAGGAAAUGAUUCUCCGCAUUCGCAGCAGACUCAAUCGAGUUACGAAAGUACAGCUCCAGUCGCAACAAUAAUGGGUCCACGGGAGCAACGGGUGCCAUCAGGUUCGACGAUCACCCUAAGGUGCAUAAUAACGUCUCCGUAUCAGCCGCGGCCCAUCAGAGGCGCACAAUGGCUGCGAGACAACAAACUCCUGACAUUCCAGCCGGGACGCGGUGGUUUAGUCAUUGAGACAGAACGAGUUGCUGGGCGCACAAGCUCCGAAGUAACUCUCGCGUCAGUGACUAUGGAAGACAUGGGUAAAUACACCUGUCGACCGACUGAGGGAAGAGCUGAUACUAUUCUGUUAAUUGUUGAACAAGGUGAACGCACAGAAGCGAUGCAACGCGACGCAGGCUACGUGCCAGUGUCAUCAUCAUGGUCAUCGUUAUCAAAAGAAUUUCAUUGUCAACUAGUUCUGCUACUAAUUGUCCUAAUGUUCAGAUAA